AUUAUUCCUCUUUAAAGAGCCUCCCUAGACUCCAUCUUCUGCUGUGCAAGUGAGAGAGGGAAUAAUGCAUAUGGCAAAGGUAGCUCCAGUUCUACUGCUUUUCUCAAUAGCCAUGGCCAUUCAAUUGGAAAAGCAGAGCACCGUUGCAGAGCCCAACGAAGAAGUUGAUGAAUGGCUCCAAAACCUCCAAACCUCCAAGCAGACGAUCUCCCGGCUCAAUUUUUACUUCCAUGACACGCUAUCAGGGAAACAACCAAGCGCAGUACAAGUAGCCCAAGCAUCAAACACUGACAAAUCACCCACCUUAUUUGGAGUUGUUUACAUUUUUGAUGACCCACUAACAGAGGGACCUGAACCCACUUCUAGACUCGUCGGUCGAGCUCAGGGGCUCUAUGGGUCAGCUUGCCAGCAAGAACUCAGUCUACUUGUAGCCAUGACCGUUGUUUUCACGGCUGGAAAGUUUAACGCUAGCAGCCUUACCAUUUUGGGAAGAAAUGCAGCUUUGCAGGAGGUCCGUGAGAUGCCGAUCAUCGGCGGUUCUGGUGCUUUCCGAUUGGCACGUGGAUUUGCCAUCGCAAAGACACAUUCUCUUAAUUUUACAAGCGGUGACGCUAUUGUGGAGUACAAUGUUGUGGCUGUACAUUAUUGAGCAGUAACAAUGGAGUCUCUCUAGUGGAGCAUAGUGCUUAUUUUUCACCUUUUUUUUAUUAUUAUUAUUAUUAUUAUUAUUAUUAUUAUUUCUUUUUUGCUCUGUUUGAUUUUGUUGGUCUUGUGUGGAGUUGCAUCAGUUGGAUACAUGUGUUUUCUAUUGGAUUUGAUUACAUAAUUUUGGAUUUUCGAUA